CUGGUGCUGGUGCUGCUGUUGCGGUGACGAGCGGGCUGGCGGGCGGCCUCGCAGCUGUGGAAGGCGCUGAGCGCUCCGCCGACCGCACCGUGGCCACACGGCUGCGUCGCAUUCCUCACUCCCCCGCCGCCCGUGAAACCGGACAGCCGGGGACCGGGACGGAAGGAAGCGUGAGGGUGGCGGCGAGGCACGGGAGCGAAGGCCGCAACAUGGCGAGCGCCUCCUACCACAUUUCCAACCUGCUGGAGAAGAUGACGUCCAGCGACAAGGACUUCAGAUUCAUGGCAACCAAUGAUUUGAUGACAGAAUUGCAAAAAGAUUCAAUCAAAUUGGAUGACGACAGUGAAAGAAAAGUGGUUAAAAUGAUCUUGAAGUUGCUGGAAGACAAGAAUGGUGAAGUACAGAACCUUGCUGUUAAAUGCCUUGGUCCUUUGGUCAGCAAAGUAAAGGAAUAUCAGGUGGAGACAAUUGUGGAUACCUUGUGUACCAAUAUGCUGUCAGACAAAGAACAGCUCCGAGAUAUUUCCAGUAUUGGACUGAAAACGGUGAUUGGAGAACUGCCGCCAGCUUCUAGUGGAUCUGCUUUGGCAGCUAAUGUCUGUAAAAAAAUCACAGGACGUCUCACUAAUGCCAUUGCAAAACAGGAAGAUGUUUCUGUUCAGUUGGAAGCACUGGAUAUCAUGGCAGAUAUGCUUAGCAGGCAAGGAGGUCUGCUGGUUAAUUUCCAUCCAUCAAUUUUGAACUGCCUUCUUCCACAGCUCACCAGUCCUCGACUUGCAGUACGGAAGAGAACUAUUAUUGCCCUUGGUCACCUUGUUAUGAGCUGUGGAACCCUGGUCUUUAUUGACCUGAUUGAACAUUUGUUGACAGAGUUGGCCAAAAAUGAAUCUAUGUCCACAACCAGAACCUAUAUUCAGUGCAUUGCUGCUAUUAGCAGACAGGCAGGACAUCGAAUAGGGGAAUAUCUUGAGAAAAUUAUUCCAUUAGUUGUUAAGUUCUGCAGCGUUGAAGAUGAUGAACUAAGAGAAUACUGCAUUCAAGCCUUUGAAUCAUUUGUGAGAAGGUGCCCAAAGGAAGUGUUCCUUCAUGUCACCACCAUCAUUAACCUAUGCCUGAGGUACUUGACGUAUGACCCCAAUUACAAUUAUGACGAUGAUGACGAUGACGAUGAUGCUGCAAUGGAAUCCGAAGGUGGAGAUGAUGAUGAUCAAGGAAGUGAUGAUGAAUACAGUGAUGAUGACGAUAUGAGCUGGAAGGUGCGUCGUGCUGCUGCCAAAUGUUUGGAUGGUGUGGUUAGCACUCGUCAUGAAAUGCUACCAGAAUUUUACAAAGCUAUAUCUCCGGCGCUGAUCGCCAGAUUCAAGGAGCGCGAGGAAAAUGUUAAAGCAGAUGUGUUCCAUGCCUAUCUCUCACUGCUGAAACAGACCAGGCCUGCUCAGAGCUGGCAUCUUGACCCAGAUGCAAUGGAGCAGGAAGAGACACCGUUGGUCAUGCUUCAAAAUCAAGUUCCCAACAUUGUAAAAGCUUUACAUAGGCAGAUGAAAGAGAAGAGUGUGAAGACCCGCCAGUGCUGUUUUCACAUGCUAACCGAGCUUGUUAAUGUGUUACCUGGUGCUUUAACUCAGCAUAUACCAGUUCUUGUUUCUGGUAUAAUCUUUUCCUUGAAUGAUAAAUCUAGCUCAUCUAACCUGAAGAUUGACGCUCUCUCGUGUUUGUAUGUUAUCCUUUGUAAUCACUCACCUCCAGUCUUCCACCCUCAUGUAGAUGUCUUGGUUCCACCAGUUGUGGCUUGUGUGGGUGAUCCUUUCUACAAGAUCACUUCAGAAGCUCUUCUUGUAACUCAACAACUUGUAAAAGUAAUAAGGCCUGUUGAUCAUCACUACUCAUUUGAUGCUGCUCCAUAUAUUACUGACUUAUUUACUUGUACAGUCAAGCGAUUAAAAGCUGCUGACAUUGAUCAAGAGGUGAAGGAGAGAGCUAUUUCCUGUAUGGGACAGAUAAUAUGUAAUCUUGGUGACCAUUUAGGCAGUGAUUUACCUAGUACACUGCAGAUUUUCUUGGAGAGGUUGAAGAAUGAAAUUACUAGAUUGACCACAGUAAAAGCCUUGACAUUAAUUGCUGGAUCUUCUCUCAAGAUUGACCUGAGACCAGUAUUGGGUGAAGGUUUGCCAAUUUUAGCUUCGUUCCUGAGGAAGAACCAGCGGGCAUUGAAGCUGAGUACUCUUUCUGCUUUGGACAUCUUAAUCAAGAACUAUAGUGACAGCCUGACACCUGCCAUGAUUGAAGCAGUCUUAGUGGAGCUUCCGCCACUUAUUAGUGAAAGUGACAUGCAUGUGUCACAGAUGGCUAUAAGCUUUCUCACCACCUUGGCCAAGGUGCAUCCAUCUUCUCUUUCAAAAGUCAGUGGUUCUAUUCUUACAGAACUUAUUGGGCUUGUUCGGUCUCCACUACUUCAAGGAGGAGCUCUCAGUGCAAUGUUGUAUUUCUUCCAAGCUCUUGUUGGGACUGGAACUGCAAAUUUAGGCUAUAUGGAGUUGUUACGAAUGCUUACUGGUCCGGUUUAUUCUCAAAGCAAUGCGUUGACUCACAAGCAGUCUUAUUACUCAAUUGCAAAAUGCGUAGCAGCACUAACUCGAGCCUGCCCCAAAGAAGGACCAGCAGUGGUUGGGCAGUUUAUCCAGGAUGUAAAGAAUUCUAGAUCCACUGAUUCUAUCCGACUCUUGGCUUUACUGUCUCUGGGAGAGGUUGGUCAUCAUAUUGACUUGAGUGGACAAACUGAGCUUAAGUCUGUAAUUUUAGAAGCUUUCUCUUCCUCAAGUGAGGAGGUGAAAUCUGCAGCAUCCUAUGCUCUUGGAAGCAUUAGUGUGGGAAACCUUCCUGAGUAUCUACCUUUUGUUCUGCAAGAAAUAACCAGUCAACCCAAAAGGCAGUACCUGCUUCUGCAUUCUCUCAAGGAGAUUAUUAGUUCCUCUUCAGUUGGAGGUCUCAAACCAUAUGUAGAAAAUAUUUGGAAUUUGCUGCUGAAACACUGUGAAUGUGCAGAAGAAGGAACUCGAAAUGUUGUUGCAGAAUGUUUGGGCAAGCUUACUUUAAUAGAUCCAGAGACAUUGUUACCACGGCUUAAAGGGUACUUGGACUCGGGGUCUUCCUAUGCUCGAAGCUCUGUCGUUACAGCUGUGAAGUUUACUAUUUCUGAUCACCCGCAGCCAAUAGAUCCUCUGUUGAAGAACUGCAUUGGCGAUUUCCUAAAAACAUUGGAGGAUCCGGAUCUCAAUGUUAGAAGAGUAGCUUUAGUUACUUUCAAUUCAGCUGCACAUAAUAAACCAUCACUAAUCAGGGACCUCUUGGAUACCAUUCUUCCUCACCUUUACAAUGAAACAAAAGUUCGGAAGGAAUUAAUAAGAGAGGUGGAAAUGGGACCAUUCAAGCACACUGUGGAUGAUGGUCUAGAUAUCAGGAAAGCAGCUUUUGAAUGCAUGUACACACUUCUGGAUAGCUGUCUUGACAGAUUAGACAUUUUUGAAUUCCUCAACCAUGUUGAAGAUGGGCUCAAGGACCAUUAUGAUAUCAAGAUGCUGACUUUCUUGAUGUUAGUACGAUUAUCAACUCUUUGUCCAAGUGCAGUUCUGCAGAGGUUGGACAGACUGGUAGAACCUUUACGUGCUACAUGUACAACAAAGGUAAAAGCAAAUUCGGUGAAACAAGAGUUUGAGAAGCAAGAUGAACUGAAACGCUCAGCAAUGAGGGCAGUUGCAGCAUUAUUGACCAUUCCAGAAGCAGAGAAAAGUCCACUCAUGAGUGAGUUUCAAUCUCAAAUAAGCUCCAAUCCUGAAUUGGCAGCUAUCUUCGAGAGCAUUCAGAAGGACUCGUCUUCCACUAGUUUGGAGUCGAUGGACACUACCUAAAUCUUUUCUUCCAAAGAAGGAAACUUUAAUUUUAUUGUUGUAAUGCACUGGAAUCUCAGUCAGUACACAAGCAAAAAAAAGUCUGUACUUUGAGCUUUAAGCUUAUGAAUUUAUUUUUAGUUUCAUGGAAAUUCUAGUUUUUGUUUAUUGUUGCUUUUUUAGUGUUUAACCCAGAAAGACCUUGUAGUUAAAAGUGGAAAGACAUGUAAAUUACACAGGAUACUUCGUUGUCAUACCACAUCCAAUUCAGCAGUAUUUUAAAAGAUAAAACAAUUGUAGAAGUAGAUUGUGUAAGGUAUGCAAUAAAUAUACUAAUGUGCUAAAUGAAUGAACUUGAAAUAUAAAUGUUGAACUUUAUCCUGGAAGAUUUUCUUUAAGGAAACUUCAUGCCAUUCACCUUAUUGUUUGACAUAUUUUGUAAGGAAAAAAGAAAAAACAUCUGUUUAUCUCCACUGUUUUUGUUUCAGCUUGCUUAACAAUAGUUAAAUAACUGCAUUGUGAGAUUUGUUAUAUUAAAAUGGUUGACAGUUCUUAAAUCAUAGACUGUACUUCCAAUUCUUGGAAUAACACUUAUUAUUACCAUGGAUGUAUCAAUACGCCAUGAGACAUUCCAAAUUGUACUGUAAAAUCUCUUGUUCAGAAUACAUGACGUGAAUUCAAAAAAUGUUAUUCUGUGCACCAGUAAGCCUUGAUAUUUUUGUUUUCUUUGAUUUUAUAUAUUUAAAAAUCCGUUUUCGAGUUAAGUAGAAUAAAUCUGCAUGGAAAUUCUAUAUUGGGUCCAACACAAAGGCCGAGCCAAGAAGUCUGUUUAGUCUGAUCACAACAUUUGGAUAAAUAUUUCAUUUUGUAUGUUAACUUAGAAAUUCCUGAAAGAAAUUUUGCUUAACAAAAACUUGCAUCUCAGAACAAUGAAGUCACUUGUCAGUUUAUUUUGAAAUGGACCGAGUUCCUUUCUUUUGAUCCAUGUUGUUCAAGCACCUUGUAAUGUAUCAGUUUACCUUGGUUAUUUCUGUAAGCUACAAUGAAUGGAUAAAGUGAAAAUGCUACGCUUAAGUUGAUCGGGUAACAACUUGAAUAUGAAGUUGUUUUUUCGUGUAAGAAAACCUCCCACCUAGGUUUUUAAAGGAUUAAAAGAAUUGACCAGGAAUAUAGGUGAGGAAGAAGGCAAUGGACUGGAAUUUAAGAAAGACGACUAGAUGACAUCUAAGAAGCUGCUGGUUUUGGAUGGUACUGACGAGGAUGAUGUACUAUCUGUGUGCUUGUUCCUUUGUGGGUGUGGUACAAUUGUGGGGUAUAAAGGAAAGCACACUGCUCUUAUUUCGACUUUAGAUACUCAAAUUCUAAGAAUGUUGCAUUUCCCUCGGUGAUAUCAUUUGUUACACCUUCUGUACAUAAUUUAUCUAUGUUUAGAGAUUACAUUUUUAUUGCAGAUUUCCUCCAAUGUUAUUGUUCCAUUGUUUCCAUUGCAGUGUUAUUGUUGAGUGGUAGGGCUCUCUGUAAAAUGCUUGAUUAAGAAAUUUAAAUUAAAUAGCCAUAUUCUAUAAGCUAAUGGCCAACUUG